UGCAUCUGCCAAUUAACCCCUGGCACCUGGGUCUGUCCCGUGACCACCUCCUGCAAGCAGCGAGCCUUCGAAACUUCAAGUGACGGCCUCAAAGAAGCGCACCUAGCCUGGCGCAAGCGCCGCGGCGACGUUGCUAUUGCUGCUGUUGCUGUGUUGCAACGCCGGUGUCUUGUAUGUACGUACAGACGCACGUUGAACUUCUUUCCCACCGUACGUAGCGAACCGGCGCUAAUCGCCGGUGCCUGGGGUUGUCGCGUUGAGACGCAGGUGGCGAGCCGAAGGUGCCGCUGCAGAUGUACGGCGGUGAGCGCUGCCCCCCGCUGGCUCACCCGUGGCUCGCCUCGAUCGUGAACCACCGCGGGGAGCACGUGUGUGGCGGAGCUCUCGUCGCUCCGGACUGGAUCCUCACCGCGGCGCACUGCCUCUCCAGCCUGAACCUCGCUCGCCGCAGGGCCCGCGUGCUGCUGGGCGAGCGGACCCUGCGUCCCGUGUGCUCCAGGGACCCGCGGGUGACUCGCCACGUGGUGCACCCCUCCUACGACCCCCGCUCCGAGUCGUUCGAGGGGGACCUGGCCCUGCUGCAGGUGUCCCCCGCACCCCGCCUGGGUCCCGCCAUCUCCAUCAUCCCCCUGGCGACCUCGUGCCCCCUUCCCGGGGACCGCUGCUUCAUGGCCGGGUGGGGGCAGACUGAGACUGGUGUCUUCCCCAAGUCCUCGGAGUGCCUCAACGUGACCGUCAUCAAUCAACGCCACUGCCGCAAGAGUUAUGGCCCCGCGCUCACCAACUCCAUGUUCUGUGCCGGGUUCAUGGAAGGCGGGAGAGAUGCGUGCAAGAAAGACUCUGGGGGCCCCUUGGUGUGCGACGGGACCGUGCAGGGUGUCAUCUCGUGGGGGAAGGAUUGUGGGCGCGCAAACUACCCCGGAGUGUACACCCGCGUCUGCUCCUUCUCCUCCUGGGUGACCUCCACGAUCGGCGACCUCCCGGGGUCCGGGACCCCACAGCACCUGCUGAAGUCCCGAUUAAUGCGGGGAUGGGGGAGGCAGCGGAGGGAGAGGCUUGGGAAUGAGUGAGGAUUCGCCGCUGUUCUAUGGGGUUGGGGGGGGGGGUGGUGGUCACGUACGUGAUUGGCCUAGAGAGCCGAUUGGUUGAAUGAAUUAAUUGAGCGAUUAUGUUUAAAGGAAGCCGUUUGGUUCAUGAGUUCAUCGAGCGAUUGGUUCAUGAGAUAUUUAGUUCGUGAGUUGAUCGGUUUAUGAGUUGAUUGGUUUAUAUAUUCAUGUUGUGAUUGGUUAAAUUGGUUAAUUGGCGAGUGAGCUGAUUGGUUAACGAGUUAAUUGGUUAAUUGAUCGAUUGGCUCGGAAGAUAACCGCGCAAGUCAUUAACCAGAUUGAGUUGAGUUAAUUGGUUGAUUAGUUCAUCAACUAGUUUAGUAAAUAGGUCAAAAUACGUGGAGGGUGGUCACCUGACCCCCACCCCCCUGCAGACACUCGAGGGCACUAUAUAAGAGUUAUGUUUUUUGUUUGCAUUCCGACCGCAGGUAUUGUGGUCAAUGCAAACAUGACUCCUUGUAAAAAAGGUGUCAGUUUGUUGCCAGAUAAAAGGGUAAAAAAACAAUUAUCAUAUUUUGCUACUGGCAAAAGAGGUUCCAAUGGUGUAAAUGCUUACCCCGAGCUCUCAUUAAAAAAAAACAAUUAUCAGUACUGAACAGGUACACACACGGUGCACAUGUUACGACUGCAGUGCACACAACAACCAGCGUGUUGUGGAGAGCACUGGACUGUUUAUCUCUA